UCCUGGACCCGCGGGGGCGGCUGGGUGUUUGCCGGAGCAGGAGGCGGGAGCUGAGCGAAGAGCUAGGCCUGAAGGGACCUGGGGCGGCUGGGGUGUUGAAGGCUUUGGCGACAGCGACGGCUAUGGCGGCGACUUCACUGCGGGUGUAAAAAGUUGAUCCAGUGGCUCACAUGCUAAAGAUGGCGCGGUCAAGAUCCAGAUCCCCCAGGUGGAAAAAAAGGUCUUUGUCACCACAAUCUAGAAAUUUUGAAUACUACGAGGAAAGACAUUUCCAUGGGCACUAUGACCCUGAAUAUAGAAAUGAUUCAAAAAGACCCUUUCCUUGGAGAAUGGACGAUGAGAAACAUGGACAGAAUAAACCAAGGAUUCCCCCUCGUGUGAAGCCAUAUUAUCGGUCUUAUGAAAAUAGAUCACCUUCACCAAAUGUAAAGUCUGUAGAAAAAUUUGACACAUAUAAGCCUCACCAAGAAUAUUUCCCUGGAAGAGGGGAUGAUGAUAGAAGAUCUCAGUAUAUGCUCACAUACUCAGAAAGUGCAACAACCUACACAGAGCACGAAAGGGAUUGUUAUCCCCCUAAAAUGCAAGGAAGGUAUAUUCCAGAUGAGCACAGAGUUAGAGGAAGUGAGAGAGGAGGGAAGCCAUCUCAGAUGUCACUGGCAGAUUCCUGUAGAUUUGAAGAUGAAUCCAGACACCAGAGGGUCCAAGAAGAAAGCUACCCUCAGUCACCCAGAAGAGGCUCAGAAGACUUUGAUGCGAGGAACCAUUUUCAGAAGAGGUACCCAGAGGAUCAUGAUUUCAGAAAGUAUGGCUACACAUCAAAAAGACCUACGGAUGUGGCAAGGUAUGAAAAUAGAGAGCCAACCAGAAUCCCAAAGUGGAAGCCUGAGCAUUCUUUUGUACCUUUCCAAGAGAAGAAUGAAGAGUGGAGCUUCGGAUCACAAAGCUACAGAUACACUGAGAGAGAAUACCCAGAGACAAGUUCAGCAACCAGAGUAUCUUAUGAUUACCGUCACAAACAUCAUAAGCUCUCAGACAGCGAGCAGGACUUUCCUGAUGGGAGAUUUCCGAAGUACUUGAAGGCAGAAGACAGAAAAUACAGUUCUCUAAAAGUUCCUGGAAAUAGAGAGUCUGAUUGUUUUAGUGCUACAAGAGGAAGAGAGAAUGAGAAUGAGCAAGUCAAUGGGCCUUUUCAACUCUACAAGAAAGACUGUGUUUCCUAUACUAAUACAAAUAUAACAGAAGCUGAUUUGGGGCCUUGCAACGACACAUGGAAGAAAAAAAUAAAUGAUUGCAGAAAAGAGAGUACCUCUUCUAGUAAACAACUUGAUGCAAGCCCAAAACAUGAAGAGAAACGCUACUCAUUUGUCAAGAAAAAAUCACUUACUGUUCAAGUAGACAUGAACAAGAUGGACACAUUUAGGUCUACUUCUGGAUAUUCUGCAGAUAGACAGCUAUCACAUGAUUUGGUUGCUGUUGGCAGAAAAAAUGACAGUUUUCAUCCAGUAUUUCAACAUCUUGACUCGCCUCAGAAUCCUGAAAACAAACCUACAGAAGAAUUUGCUCAGGAAAUCAUAGCACUAAUCCAUGAAGUUAAAGCAAGUUGUUUUGCAGCAUCUCAUGUUACUUUAAAUGAGCGUUUCUCAAGAAUACAUAACAGACAUGGUGCAGAUGUCAAUCAAAUGAAAUUGAAUUCAGAUCCAGAAUUUCACAGGAGAAUAGAUAUGUCUUUGGCUGAUCUUCAGAAUAAACAGACUAUGGUAUAUGAACCAGAUAAGACUCUGGUCAAAGUAAUAGAUCCAAAUGACCUACGACAUGACAUUGAAAGGAGGAGAAAAGAGCGGUUACAGAAUGAAGAUGAGAACAUUUUUCACAUGGCUAGUCCUACAGAGAGGUCUUACGAUGUCUUCCAAGUCUUCUGACACAUGAUUUCUCCUUCUUCUAACCAGAGUUACUAAGUCCUCUACAAUGUAAUUGAGAUGUGUUAUAUAGGUAUGGGCUAUGUGUAAAUAUGAAGCUUAAAAAUUAUAUCAGUGAACUUCAAAAGUACAUGAAACUAUCAAAACUUUAUUUUUCUCUAGGGAACUUAUGGGGAAAGAUGGUUUAUACUAAACUAGGGUGAACUUCAUAGAGGUCUUUUCAUAUACAGGAGAUAUUUAAUUUCCUUGUUAAGUGACAUUUCUAUGUGUUGGGGAUACAAUAAAAACUACGCAAAGCUCUUGACUUCUUGGCACUUGGAACUUAAUGGUAGGAGAAAGAAAAUGUCAGUGGAAUGGUAGGUUAAAAACUAAGGUAGAAAUGGAAAUUCAGCAGGAAGAGUGACUUGUGUGAUGUGGUUUUACAAUUUUAGUGGGCAUAUGAAUUGAUUGAAGGAGUCAGCCAGCUACAUCAUACCUGAGAGUGUAUGUAAUACUUCAAAACAGGGAACCAGAUGCAAAGAUGUUAAGGCAAAAACAUGUUUCUUCCUGGCUAAAGACUAGAAUUAUGUCUGGUAGGGUUACAGUAUGGUAGAAAGAGGAGAGGGAGACUGGGGAGAUGGCUCAGUGGGCAAAGCACUUGCUGAACAAGCCUUACCUAGAUUUAGGUCCUCAGAAUAAUCCUAUUGUGCUCCUACUGGGAGACAGGAGGCAGAGACCAGGUACCUGGAGGCUUGUGGACUAGCCUGAAAGCAACAGUGAGCAAACAAGAGACCUGGUUCCCAGCAAGGUGGAAGGUGAAGAAUGAUACCCUAGGUCAUUCUCUGACUCUCAUAUAUGCCCUGUAGCACAUGUGUGCCUGCACCUACAUAAACUUAGAGAUAUGUAAAAGUAUACAAGGCAUCCAAAAGGUUAAAAGUUAGUAGAUGAGGCCUAAUCAUGAAGCACUUUGAAGGACAAGAUUACAGUGAGUGAAAUUAGAAACAUUUAAGGUUCUAACUAAAGAAAAGACAUAAUCUCUUAAAUUUUAAAAUGAUUACUAUAGCUCCAGGGUAGAAAAUGGGCUGUAAGAAUUAUAGAAAAAAAUCAUAUUUUAUGGCUUAUUUCACUUUCAUAAUGCUUAAGUUUCAUCCAUAUCAUGUUUUAUGUCAACGUUUUUUUCCUUAAAAACUUCAUUUUAAGGCUGGAAUAGUCUUUGGAUAUACCACAUUGUAUUUACCUGGUUGUUUGUUUUUUAAUGGAUAUUUGUGGGUUUUCCACCUUUUGCCUUUUAUAAGUAGUGCUGUUAGGAACACUCAAGUAUUCUAUCUUUUUAUUGUAGCCUUUCUAUUCUAGUAAAUGUAAGAUAGCAUCUCACUGUGGUUUUGAUUUGCAUUUCCCUAAUGAUUAAUGAUGAACUUUUUUCAUAUGCUUUCAAAUGGCUUUUUGGCCAUUUAUAUGUGGAGAAAUUUUUCUUGAAUCCUUUGCCCAUUUUUAUAAUCAAAUUAAAGUCUUUAUUGCUGAGGUAUAAUAGUUGGGAGGAUUGUUUUUGUUUUGAGACAGGGUCUCACUAUGAAGUCCUGGCUGGCCUAGAACUCACUAUGUAACUCAUGCUGGCCUCAAACUCAUAGAGACCAAUCUACUUUGCUUCCUAAGUGCUGCAAUUAAAGGCAUGAUACCACACCUGGAUAAAAAGAGUUCUUUACUAUUCUCCAGGCCAGUGAGAGGGUUCAAUGGGUAAAGGUACUUUUACCAAACUUGACAACCUGAGACGUACAUAUUUUCCUUUGACCUCCACAUGUGUGACUUGGCUCAUCUAUACACAAUAAUAAAAUAUAGUAACAUGUUAAGAGUUCUUGAUGUAUUCUAGAUACUACAGUUUGAGUGUUACUUACUGGAAAUGCUUGUGACCAGAAAUGAUUCAGAUUUUAGAUUAUUUGGAGUACUUGCAUAUAUAUAUAUAUAU